UUCUUUCUCUCUCUCUCUCUCUAUAUAUAUAUAUACACUAUAACAGAAGAGACAGUACAUACGUACAACGUUGUAAUGGCGUUGUCGUCCCAAAAGCUUGGGUGGGUUUUUCUGCUUUGUUUUGUGGUUUUCUGCGGCUACAAAAAUGGCGUCGUCGUCGUCGAAGCCUCUCACAAGGUUUAUAUGCAUCUGCAAUCCCAAAGCGCCGUUGAUAUCAAGAAAGUUCAUCGUACCGGUUACCACUUUCAACCCCCACAACAUUGGAUGAAUGAUCCAAAUGGUCCGAUGUAUUACAAAGGACUGUACCAUCUUUUCUACCAAUAUAACCCGAAAGGGGCAAUUUGGGGAAACAUAGUAUGGGCCCAUUCAGUGUCCAAAGACAUGAUUAACUGGAAGCCGUUAAAGCCCGCAAUCUACCCGUCAAAGCCCUUUGAUCAAUUUGGGACAUGGUCGGGCUCGGCCACCAUUCUCCCCGGUAACAAGCCCGCAAUCUUGUACACCGGAAUUGUGGACAACAAAGAAACCCAAGUCCAAAACUUGGCUUACCCAAAGGACUACAACGACCCGUACCUUCAAGAAUGGGUGAAGCCCGACUUCAACCCGAUUGUUAUUGGGGAUACACCCUGGAUGAACAUUUCGGCGUUUCGUGACCCAACCACGGCCUGGUUGGGCCGGGAUGGUCAUUGGCGGAUGGUGGUGGGCUCCAAGAGAAAGCGAAGAGGGGUAGCUUAUUUGUAUAGGAGCAGAAACUUUGUGGAUUGGGUUAAGGCAAAACACCCAUUGCAUUCAGCUCCCCAAACCGGAAUGUGGGAGUGCCCGGAUUUCUUCCCGGUUCAGGCUCAGGGGAAAACCGGUUUGGAUACUUCGGUUCUUGGGGAGAAUGUUAAGCAUGUGUUGAAAGUUAGUCUUGAUGAGACAAGGUAUGAGUACUACACUGUGGGUGCAUAUUAUCCGGAUAUAGACCGGUUCAUUCCUGAUAGGAAUUCUGUUGAUGGUUGGGCCGGGUUGAGGUUUGAUUAUGGCAACUUCUAUGCAUCCAAGACUUUCUUUGAUCCCAGCAAGAACCGGAGGGUUCUUUGGGGCUGGUCUAAUGAAUCCGAUGUUAGCCCGGAUGAUAGUGAAAUAAAGGGUUGGUCUGGAGUUCAGGCUAUUCCACGUAGAAUCUGGCUUCAUUCUAAUGGAAAACAACUGGUGCAAUGGCCAAUUGAAGAACUGGAAACCAUUAGAGAGAACAAAGUCGAACUGAACAAUCACAAGCUGAACAUUGGAGAGAAUAUUGAAGUUAAGGGAAUCACAGCUGCACAGGCUGAUGUUGAGGUGACUUUCUCCUUCAAAAGCUUAGACAAGGCAGAGCCAUUUGACCCCACCUGGGCUGAUUAUGAUGCACAGAAACUCUGUAGUGUAAGGGGUUCGACAGUCCAAGGUGGUCUGGGACCAUUUGGGCUGGCAACCUUAGCUUCAACGAACUUGGAAGAGUUCACACCUGUUUCCUUCAGAGUGUUCAAGGACCAACACAAGUACAAAGUGCUCAUGUGCUCAGAUGCAACAUUGUCGACUUUGAGGAAUGAACCAAGAAUGUACAAACCCUCAUUUGCUGGAUUUGUAGAUGUAGAUCUAGCUGUAGAGAAGAAACUGUCACUUAGGAGUCUGAUUGAUCAUUCAGUAGUAGAGAGUUUUGGUGCAGGUGGAAAAACCUGCAUUACAUCUAGAGUUUAUCCUACAUUGGCAAUCUAUGAUAAUGCUCACUUGUUUGCAUUCAACAAUGGCACAGAGGCAAUUACUAUAGAGACUUUGAAUGCAUGGAGUAUGGGUAAUCCUAAAAUGAACUAAUUAUAGUUGCAAAAGGGGGGACUUACUUUAAUUUUUAGGCAGUGUGGAUUUUAUUUGUUAUUCUUUUUUUUUUUUAAUUUAUAGAUCAGAAGUAGCUUUAUGUUUCGAAAAUUUGUAUUUCUUUUUUUUAUUUAUAGAUCAGAAGUAGCUUUAUGUUU